UUGUGUGUGUUUAAUCCACAGCGCCCUACAGCGGACGGGGUGUUGAGGGACGGCCACCUGAGUCUGUCUGGCCUGCAGAUGAGGGCCCACGCCAUGUUCUCCGCUCAGGGCCUCUCCAUGAGCAGUGAUACGCUGGAGUACGCCUGGCUCAUCGACAUGCAGGCGGGGGGGCUCACCGGCAGGGUCACUCUUCCACAGGUGGCAAGUAUGAUAGAGUGGGGUGAGACCUUCCUCUUCCAUGGGGUGUCCCGAGAGUUCCAACUAGAACAACCCAAGCCCUCUGUCAUCUGCCAGCACGGCGUUGACCGCCGCACCUGCGAUGCCAAGCUGAGCUGCCUACCCGGGCACUGUCGCACAUCAGAGGAGCUGAAGUACACCAUGACCCGACUGGCCAUGGAUGGGGUCGACCUCUUCGUCGUGGAGCAAGGCUGUGCUGCCAAUGUCAAGACGGCUAACGUUCGGGUAGCUAACUGCAACCUGCACAACCAAGCCGUGGGAGAAGGCAUCAGUGCAGUGGUGCAGGACGUGAACAUCCGGCAGUACAUCGAGCAGCAGCAGCACAGCGAGGCCGCCCGGCUGCAGACAGCUGGCCCGGGUCAAGGUCUGGGUCAGCCAUUAGGUCUGGGCCAGCCCCCCCUGCUGCGGCGCUCUGUCUGGCUGGAGGCGGGUUCGGUCAACCUGAACCUCAUCACAGCAGACAUCGCCCUGGCCGCUGACCACUCGGCCAAAUGUGAAGUGCAGAGGCAUUUUCUGGAGCUUCAUGAUGCACAGACCAAAAGACUCUGGUUCCUUUGGCCAGAAGACGUCAGCAUUCGCAACAAGCGUGGCAGGAACCGCUGCGGCUGUCUCGGAGGCUGCCGGUUCUUCGGAGGUACCAACAUGGGCCUGGACUUCUUCAAGCUUGAAGAGCUGACGCCGUCCUCCUCAUCUGCGUUCGGCUCUUCCAGCACGGAGCAGGACAUGUCUUACGGCCAGUCUUUGCUACAGCCAGGGGAGUGGAUUAUUACCAAGGAAACACCCAAAGUGGAUGGGAGAGUUGUGGGCCUGAAGAGGGACAUGCACUCGCCCUGCCUGCCUCCUGAGCUGCCGGAGAGGCGCGGUCAGCAGCACCUCAGUCUGCAGGUGCCCCAUCGCUCCCACAGCUCCGUCUCCUCCUCUGAGGAAAAUAGUUCUUCCAGUGCUGCGCUGCCCCUGCUGGCCGGAGAGAGAGACACUCCCUCACCGAGCACGGAGGAACGCAUGUUCCACGUGAACUGCAAAAGUCCUGCUGAGUGAGUAACAUCAACAACAUAUUGUAAAUUAAAGAGCAUUUUCACUGCAGUUACAC